CUGACUCUGAAGGGACCCAAGAUGGCUGAUUACUCACGGGGGGGGCAGUUAGCAAUUAUCUGAGCAAGACGUCGGGAAUGAAUGGCAAAUAGCAUUAUAAUGUAAAGCGUAACCUUCAAGUAAUUAUACGACUACAGUUUGUUGGUUUCCAUAAUUUUUGGGAUGCAUGUAUACCAAAAAGGGAAGAGUGGUCUCUCCGCGGCCCCGAGCCAGAACAUGGCGGAACACUUGGAGAAGAAAUAGCAGCUAACGCUAGCUAGCUGGCGUAUUAUUCAGACAUAAUUAGAAACAUUAGUGCAGGGUAAACACGUUGUCUGCGAUCGGCAAGUGUGAAAUAGUGUUAUCGGUGCACCGCUCUGGUCAUUUGUCUUCAAGUGGUUGUUAAACGUUGAAUAUGUUGAGCGUAGGCAGUUAGCGUACUAGCUAGCUAGUUAACUCGUUAGGUUUUCUAGCUAACGUAACUGGCUAACGUUGCCCGCAAGCGUACACACUGUACUAAUAAGCAGGCGGAUUGUUUUGGGGGCCAGAGGUCGUAACGUUGGGGCUUGUUCUGAAUACUCCUCUGUCAACUGUGUGCUCCGACCUCCCAAUGUCUGUCAGUGCUUGUUUAGUCGAUUAACAUGUUAGCUAACGUCAAUGCCCUCCGCACUGUAAAUUAGACGGUCGUUAGCUUGCUACAAUGGCUGAUAUUGUGUGGUGCGUUGCCUACAACAAUAAUAAGUUUUAAGGCAGCUCGUUAUAAUAAUCAGAUAUUGUAGUUUGAAUCGAUCGGGGAAUCUUUUCGUCCGGGUGUACCGCUUUUAAGCUCCUUCAAAGAACUGAUAGCUUGGUUGACCCCUCACACUAGUUAAGUUGGUACUGCAUUGUAGAAGUGACCAGGUGUAAAAUAAGUGAAUUGAAGUUGUGGCGUUACUAGGUGAAGCAGACACCCUGUAAAAUCAAAGAAGUUCCGGAAGGGGGAAACCGGUCACAACUACCUGCCAGGAUGACGGACACUCGUCGACGAGUCAAAGUCUAUACCCUCAAUGAGGACAGACAGUGGGAUGACCGUGGGACCGGGCACGUCUCUUCGGGCUAUGUGGAGCGUUUGAAAGGCACGUCGCUGCUGGUGCGAGCAGAGAGUGAUGGUUCCCUACUGCUGGAGUCCAAAAUCAAUCCAAACACAGCCUACCAGAAACAACAGGAUACAUUGAUAGUAUGGUCAGAGGCUGAGAAUUAUGAUCUGGCACUAAGCUUCCAGGAGAAGGCUGGCUGUGAUGAAAUCUGGGAGAAAAUAUGCCAGGUGCAGGGAAAGGACCCAUCAGUGGACAUCACCCAGGAUGUGGUGGACGAGUCUGAGGAGGAACGCUUUGACGACAUGUCAUCGCCAGGUCUGGAGUUACCACCAUGUGAACUAAAUCGCUUGGAGGACCUGGCUGAGCUGGUGGCCUCCUCACUCCCAUCACCACUGCGGCGCGAGAAACUGGCACUGGCUGUGGAGAAUGAGGGCUACAUUCGCAAGCUCCUGGAAAUGUUCCGCGUGUGUGAGGAUUUGGAGAACAGAGAGGGACUUCACCACCUGUAUGAAAUCAUUAAAGGCAUCUUCCUGCUCAAUCGUACUGCACUCUUUGAGGUUAUGUUCUCUGAGGAGUGCAUCAUGGACGUCAUUGGUUGUCUGGAGUUUGAUCCAGCACUCUCGCAGCCACGGCGGCAUCGGGAGUUUCUAUCUAAGACAGCCCGCUUUAAGGAGGUGAUCCCCAUCUCUGAUCCUGAACUGCGUCAGAAAAUACACCAGACUUAUCGGGUGCAGUACAUUCAGGACAUGGUUCUGCCAACGCCCUCUGUUUUUGAGGAAAACAUGCUGUCCACCCUGCACUCCUUCAUCUUCUUCAACAAGGUGGAGAUUGUGGGCAUGCUACAGGACGAUGAGAAGUUCCUGACUGACCUCUUUGCACAGCUAACAGAUGAGGCUACAGAUGACGACAAAAGACAUGAACUGGUGAACUUCCUAAAGGAAUUCUGUGCAUUCUCACAAACAUUACAACCUCAAAACAGAGACGCCUUCUUCAAGACAUUGUCAAACAUGGGCAUUCUACCUGCACUAGAGGUCAUACUGGGAAUGGAUGACGUUCAGGUGCGUGGGGCAGCCACAGAUAUUUUCUCUUAUCUGGUGGAGUACAACCCCUCCAUGGUACGAGAGUUUGUGAUGCAGGAGUCUCAGCAGAAUGAUGACGACAUCCUCCUGAUCAACCUGAUCAUAGAACACAUGAUCUGUGAUACAGACCCAGAGCUCGGUGGAGCGGUGCAACUGAUGGGUCUGCUGCGGACUCUUGUGGACCCUGAAAACAUGCUGGCUACUGCAAAUAAAACAGAAAAGACAGAGUUCCUGAGCUUCUUCUACAAGCACUGUAUGCACGUCCUCUCAGCUCCACUGCUGGCCAACACCACAGACGAAAAACCUAGCAAAGAUGAUUUUCAAACUUCCCAGUUACUGGCCUUGAUUUUGGAGCUGUUGACAUUCUGUGUUGAGCACCACACCUAUCACAUAAAGAACUACAUCAUCAACAAGGACAUUCUCAGGAGGGUACUGGUGCUCACUGCCUCUCAGCACGCCUUCCUGGCACUAUGUGCUCUACGCUUCAUGCGGAGGAUCAUUGGUCUGAAGGAUGAAUUCUACAAUCGCUACAUCAUGAGAAACUUUCUCUUCGAGCCGGUCAUCAAGGCCUUCCUCAAUAACGGCUCACGCUACAAUCUCAUGAACUCGGCCAUCAUUGAGAUGUUUGAGUAUGUCCGUGUGGAGGACGUGAAGUCUCUCACAGCUCAUAUAGUAGAGAACUACUGGAAAGCUCUGGAGGAUGUUGACUAUGUCCAAACGUUCAAGGGCCUAAAGCUGCGGUAUGAACAGCAGCGAGAGAGGCAAGACAACCCCAAACUGGAUAGCAUGCGCUCCAUCCUGAGGAACCACCGCUUCCGUCGGGAUGCACGGACGCUGGAGGAUGAAGAGGAGAUGUGGUUCAACACAGAUGAGGAUGACCUCGAGGAUGGUGAGGCAGUGGUUCCUCCCUCUGACAAGAUGAAAAGCGAGGAAGACCUCAUGGAGCCUAUAAGCAAGUUCAUGGAGAGAAAGAAAUUGAAAGACACAGACGACAAAGACGUACUGGGGAAGUCGAGCUUAUCAGGCCGGCAGAACCCUAGCUUCAAGCUCUCCUUCUCCGGCGCCACUAAAACCAGCCUGUCCAGCCCUCCUUCAUCUGCCUCAUUGAACCCAGGUUCUCCGGGAUCACCAGGCUCUCCAGGCUCAGGGGCACGGAGCUCACCCUCCACCACAACUGUAACCACAAAGGGAGGUUUAGUGGGACUGGUGGACUAUCCGGAUGAUGACGACGACGAGGAGGAGGAGGAAGAGGAGGAGGAUGUGGAGAGUAAAGAGGACCCUCUGCCACCUUCGAAGAAGUCCAAACUGAGUUCCUAAAGAAGCUUCACUGUCUCUGCUUUGCUCCGCUCUGCUCAGACAGUUUCAGCGCAUAGACUUUACACAGGAAUGAUCAAACUUGUAAACAAAUUGAAUGAAUGAAAAGCCACCCCCUCGCCGUCAGUGGGUGGCCACAAGAGGAGCAGACUGUGAACGGAUACGAAGCCUCCUCAGACUAGCCCACUUCAUACAAGUGCCAAUCAGGAAACCAGGAGUGAAAAACCGUCUGAAACGUGGAGCGGACGGGUGAAAGUUGGGGGAGAAAAGAUCGCACUCAAUUCAUCGUCGGCAGACUCGGACAGUAUGACACGGGUUGGAGUUUGGUUAUUUAGCAACUUGAGGAAAAGAACACACACGAAAACACAUGUACACGCCGACUGAAAUCCCAGAGAGCUCGCAAGCUCAGACCAUAACCCACUGCCCCCCCCCCCCCCGCCCCCCACUCAGGGAAGGACAUCACAGCGGCCCAAACGGGUCGGCCAAUUCAGACCCAGAACCACCACUCGCACCCCCCAUCCCCCCUUCCCUAGAAUUCGUGUUCCUCCGUUUUUCUUUCUACUUCUUUUUCUCCUCUGCUCUUUCUCCCUUUCUUUGUCUGUUGCUUUUUUGUCACUUCUUUUUUUUUUUUUUUAAGUUAGUAUAUAGGACCAGACGGGAGGCAGCAUGUUGCAAAGAGCUGUCCUUGUUGUCGUUUGAUGAUGUCAUCCGUGUCGUCGUUCCUCAGCGGACGUUCUUUCUCUGAAGAGAAAAAAAGCCAGCAGUUUCUUCAUUAUUUUGUUUUUGUUCUCUACUCGUCUCAAUCGUUCUCCUGUUUUUUGUAAAUGACGACAAAAAAGACCUGCCUUUAAAUGUUCAGGACGUUUUCAGUCACACUUGAACAGGUUUUUAAAGACCUCCGUAGGUGAGCUAGUUUUACCCUUUUUGCCCUUUGAAACUGCAGAUGUUUUGGAGAAUUUGUAAUCCCGUCUUGAUUAAAGAUUGAGUGGAAUUCUAGAUGUGAUGAAUUUUGUCAUAUCUUUUUAUUUUAUUUUCAUUUUACAUGAGUGUACACAUAGCUGUUCAGAAUAUUUGGGACCAUUAAAAUGAUCUUUGCUGUAAGAUGUCCUAAUA